UAAAUAGUACAUUGUAAAUUAUUAAAUAAAAAUGAGAUAAUUUUAAUUUGAAUAUUUUUUUUUUAAAUUUGCUCGAGUUUGAAAGUCUUUUAAACGUUUAUUGUAUUAUAGUUUAAGUGGUAUUUUAUAGUAUUAUUUAAUCAGUAGUAGUAAGGCGAGUAAUUUUUAGCGAGGCCUUUUGUAGUGAUGGGUACAAAAACUUCGAAGAUUUUUCAUUUUAUUUACUAUUUUUGUGUGAUUUCAGCGCCUUACAUCAAAAUAUGCCAUCGUGAUGACCCCAAUGUGGACAAGUGUAUUAUGAAUUCUAUAGAGGAAUUACGACCCAAACUCAAAAAGGGUAUUCCAGAGCUGGAUGUGCCUGGGAUUGAACCUUUGAGCCUGGGUCAGAUUGCACUCGCAAGGGGACCGCAAGGUGCCAAGUUGACGGCGGUUGUCAACGAUGUCAAGGUCCGGGGUCCCAGCAAUUUUAAGAUAACAGAAUUGAAAUCUGAUUUAAACAGGAACAGAUUUGAUUUCAAGCUGCUGUUACCGAAAUUAGAAUUCGCUGGUAAAUAUAAAAUGGACAUUCAAGUGCUGCUGCUGCGUCUCCAAGGAAGAGGGAAUAUUACAGGUUCUUUUAAGGACUACGCGUGCAACGUAACAAUGAGAGGCCACAAAGAGAUAAGAGAUGGCAAAGAGUAUCUAAAAUUUGAACCUAUGAAAGUGAAACUGCGGGUUGGUGAUUCAUCAAUCUACCUGACCAAUCUCUUUGACGGAGAUCCAGUGUUGGGACCAGCUACCAACAGGGUUAUCAAUGAAAACUCCCAAGUCUUCCUUUCAGAAAUCAGCCCAGUCAUGGAAAAAAGUCUAGCAGACAUCUUUACAGAGAUAUCGAAUAAAAUAACAUCGAAGUUUACGUAUCAAGAGUUAUUCCCAUAAUUGUUAUUUAGUUGUAAGUUUGUGAUAUGGUGAGUAUAAUUUCGUUUUUAGUUAAGUUUCUCUGGUCAUUUCGGACAUCUGUCGGUCUUAUUGCUACCACACAUCAAGACCGGAUUGGCAUGAGGAUUUUUUGAAGAUUAGAUCAGAGAUUUAUGUAUAAUUUAUAUAGUAUAGGUCGAAGAUUAUCGUUAUGUUUACAAUUUACAAACCUACAAAAAUAUGUUUUCUGGCUAAUUCUCCUAUCACUGAGAAAAUUUAGCUACUAUAUUUAUGUCCAAUAAGCACAUAUUCACGUGUACACGUGCUUAUAUAGAUAUUUUUAAACACGUAUAUAUAAUAUAAUGGCCUUCGUUUUAUGUCUAAAUAAGACUACUAAUUAUUAUAUUUUUUUAAGGUAAUAAGAAAAUUUCGCGUAAUCAUAAAUUAGCUUUGUAUAUACUAUAAUAUGGAAAUUGGUAAAGUGGCAUAUUUUCAUAAGCUUGUACUCAAAGACAUCCAUUUUAUUAUCAAAGUCAAACUCAAAAUAACUUUAUUAAUAUAAGUAACCAAGUAAACUUAUAAACGUCAAUAAUCUAACGAUAGUACCUAAUUGUAUUCUGCAGAACUUAAGUAUGAAAUCGAAUGCCAGUUUAACGAUAAUCUCUUUAUAUUUUCAAGGCAUUAAAACCACUACACAAAAUUCAUAUAUAUUUUCGCUUAUAGAUUUCUGUAUUAAAUCCUUAACCAAAAUGUUUAUAUUAAGAUUUUGAUAAUUAGCCAAAACCGUGAUAAAUUUGUAAAUAUUAAAAUUGUAAGUAAUAUA